AUGUACCGUUUGCUUCGUCUUCUUCCGCUGGUAGCGGCAAUCACAACCGCAGCUGCAAGACCGGGAUCUAAACCAGCUGCUAAACCCACGCCUUACUCCAAUGUCGUCGUUUUCGACCCUCCCAGCAACUACACAAUCCCGCGCACCCUCUACGCACGCAAUGAGCAAUUACCCAACGGUGACCUCCUAGCCACCUGGGAAAACUACUCCCCAGAACCCCCAAUCGUCUACUUCCCCAUCUACCGUUCCACCGACUUUGGGGAGACCUGGUCUCCGCUCUCCGAGGUCCACGAUACCGCUAAUGGCCUGGGUCUGCGAUACCAGCCGUUCCUCUAUUCUCUCCCAGAGCGCAUCGGCCGUUUCCCAGCCGGAACCCUGUUGCUCGCAGGAAGUAGUAUUCCAACCGACCUGAGCUCGACUCAGAUCGAUCUCUAUGCCUCGCAUGAUAGCGGCCGCACAUGGAAGUUUGUCAGCCAUAUUGCUCAUGGCGGAGAGGCCGUUCCCGAUAACGGGUUGACUCCUGUUUGGGAGCCAUUCUUGAUGGCAUACAAGGGCAAGUUGAUCUGCUACUACUCGGACCAGAGAGCCAAUACGACCCACGGUCAGAAACUGGUCCACCAGACCAGUAGUGAUCUGUUGAGCUGGGGACCUGUCAUAGACGAUGUUGCAUACCCCACCUACACAGAUAGACCCGGUAUGCCUGUUGUCGCCAAGCUCCCCAACGGCAAAUACAUCUACACCUACGAAUACGGCUCUUUCUUCGGGACAUCCUCCUACUCUUUCCCCGUGUACUACCGCAUCAGCGCCGACCCCGAGGGGUUCACCGACGCAGAGCACCACCGGCUUACCGUCUCCGAUGGCACAGCCCCUACCGCCUCGCCUUACGUUGUCUGGACCCCAUGGGGUGGCGCCAACGGAACCAUCGUCGUCAGCUGUGGCUCUCUGAGCACCGUGUUCGUGAACCAGGCUCUCGGCGAGGGCAAGUGGACUGAAGUGGCCACCCCCGAAGCGUACAGCUACACCCGUUCCCUGCGGAUCUUGAGCGAAGACCCGCGCAUGCUGCUGCUUAAUGGUGGCGGCGUUCUAGGCGGUACUAGCAAUGCGGUUACUGUCAGCGUGAUGAAUCUGGAGGAGGCUCUGGCUGAUCUGUAG